AUGACGGUAAAACACGGCCACGACUGCCUCGGUGGCGCUUUGGAAGUCGUUCCAGACGCCCUUCUCUCUCGCGAGACCAACCUGAGCAGCGCGCUGGCUUCCCUCGUCGGCAAGAUCGAUGGCAAGUCGCUUCCUCAGAGCCCCUUCGCAGCCCGUAACUGCUCCGGGACGAUUUGCCGAGCAAACCCUAGCUGACCCUCUACGCUGUCCAUCACUGUGCUCCAGUCAGUCGCCAUCAUCGACGGCGCUACCGCGUUCGCACGUCAGCGCCAUGCCGCGACGCACCGGGCGCAACACAACGAGCCGAAGCGAGGCCGGCUGUUCCUCCAUUCUAUCAUUCGACUCCUCGAGGAGGUCGUUGCAGCGACUGCAAGGCGGAUCCAAGUGGUCGUGGUAUUUGAUCAUCCCAUCCUUCGUCCCAAGCUCAAGCGGAACACCGUGCUCGAUCGCCAAGAUCGCCAGCAGCCGCAACAGCCUUCCGAAAAGUCGACCCCUGUCACCCACCCCGUCCCCUUCAUCACGAACGACACCCUCGCCGCGUGCGUUCACGGACAAUCGAGCAAAGAAUGGGAGGUCGCUUUUUGCCACGGUGACGAGCCAACCCAAGUUGCCACCUUUGUUCGCUGGUCCGAGCAAGGCUUGCUCGUCGUCGCGGCCCACGAGGCCGAUCCCCUCGUCUCGGCGUCGACCAAGUUUGGCCAGAUCUGCGACGUUGCGCUCGAACCCCACCGCGUCGUCCUCGUGAGCGCCGACAGCGACUUUUUCAUGCUUCUCGGCGCCGACCAAGCCCGCUAUCGCGCCGUGCUAUCGGGCAAGGACCAAAACAUUAGCUUGGUGGACCUUGCCGUACUCGACGCUCACCCCGCGGUGUGGAAUUCUCGUCAGCGAUUCGUCGCGAGCCUCAUCCUCGGGUGCGACUAUUUCAGGGGCAUCAAAAGGAUCGGGCCUGGGUGACUUCGAAAGUUGCCUGGGCAGUGGUUGGACGCGGCGACGUGGCAGAGUGGCUGGGAUGGCGCCGCGUGGGCGUUGAUCAGGAACGUCGACUCGGAGCCGGAGCCGACGGAGAAACGAAUUAAGGAGGUCAAGUCCCUUUGCGCCGAGAUCGAUCCUAUCCAAGAUCUGCUGCACCACUACAAGGACGAGACGUUCGCAAAAGCGACCGCGGCGUCCAUCACCACAGUCGGACCAGGGUGCGGUUCGAAGGCACCCCACACAGAGAUCCUUCAGAAGUCCCCAACACGGCCUACCCGCCGAUCCAACGCAACCCUCCCCUCAUCCAGCUCCCCGGGAUCUCCUCCGUCAGACCUUUGCCUCCCUUUCCGCCUCUCUCGAGCAUCCAAGACCUCAAUCUCCGACGCCAUCUCGCCAAGGCUCGUCGACUUCAGGCCGAGCAGCCGGCCCGCAUGGCGUCUACGCGGAAGCUCGCCGUUCAAGGUACCGUCAAAGCGCCCGAUUACCACCUCGUCGAGCCCGAAUUCAGGGACAGCCAAGUAGAUCGUCAGCACAAAUCCAAGAGCGCCGAGCCAAAAAAAAAGGCAGAAGGCGACCACCGCCGCCGAAGUACGGGCGCUGUUCUCGAAGCAAUCGGACUCGGGCGGCGGCGGCGGCGAUGGCGGCAGCGGCAAGACCCCUGGCGGUACAAUCUACCGCAUGUCGACGGUGACGGGUACGCUUGAGCAAAUGGUGAGGGAACCAACGAUGCCAGGCGAGUUGAAGCAAGGAUCACUUCGAGUCCGACGAGCCAUGGCCAGGACGACGGUUCAAGAGGUUGGAGCGAGCGCACCGUCGGCAACGCGCGACCGAAGAAGCUCCGAGCACGAUGAGUGCCUGGAUGUCGAGUGUCACUUGGCUUCGGUCAGCGAUUCCGGUUCGCGCGACGACGGUAUCGUACCGAUGCAGAUCGAUGGAUGA